AUGCGCAUUGUCGGUGGCAUUGCUGCCACCCUGGGACUGGCAGGCGCAGUCUCUGGUAAUCUACACCCGCGCUCCCAAGAAACCCGCGACUUCUUUGCCCUUCACCUCGAUGGUACCACCCCGCCCUCACACAUCGCCCGAGCUCUCGGGGCUCGCCACGAAGGCCAGAUCGGAGAACUUGAUGGUCACCACACAUUUUCCUUACCGCGAGAACAGACUGCAGACUUCGACACCCUGUUGGAUGAUUUGCGGACUAAGAGGAAGCUCCGGCGGCGUUCUGGCAAUGACAUCGGCUCAGAUGGGACAAGUGAUGACCCCUUAGAUGGGGUGUUGUGGUCGCAUAAGCUGGCUCCUGCGAGACAACGGCUACAGAAGCGAAUCCCGCCAGUAUCAGUGCCUUAUCCUUCGCUAGAAAAGAAGUCGGCGGACGCGAAGAUUGUCGAGUUCCAGAGCCAUGCUAUGUCAACUCUGGGGAUCAAGGAUCCGAUCUUCAGGGAACAAUGGCAUCUUGUCAACACCCUGCAGCCCGGUCAUGACCUCAAUGUGACUGGGGUGUGGCUGGAUGGUAUCACUGGUGCUGGAAUUGCCACCGCAGUGGUCGAUGAUGGGCUGGAUAUGGAUAGCAGGGAUCUCAAGCCCAACUACUUCGCAGAGGGCUCAUUUGAUUUCAACGAGGGAACCCCGGAGCCCCGUCCUAGACUAUAUGACGAUAAGCACGGUACUCGAUGCUGCGGUGAGAUUGCAGCAUCAAAGAAUGAUGUCUGUGGUGUUGGUGUUGCAUAUGACAGCAAAAUCUCGGGUAUCCGCAUCUUGUCCAAGCCCAUCGACGAUGUCGACGAAGCGGCGGCUAUCAACUACGCCUACCAGAAGAACGAUAUAUAUUCCUGUUCAUGGGGACCUCCAGAUGACGGUGCUACAAUGGACGCACCUGGAAUCCUGAUCAAACGAGCUAUGACCAACGGUGUCCAAAAGGGCCGAGAUGGAAAGGGCUCAAUUUUCGUCUUUGCUGCCGGUAACGGCGCCCAAUUCGGGGAUAACUGCAAUUUUGAUGGGUACACCAACAGCAUUUACAGUAUCACCGUUGGUGCCAUUGACCGUGAAGGCAAACACCCGACGUACUCCGAAUCAUGCUCUGCUCAACUUGUUGUCGCAUACAGUAGCGGCUCAGGCGAUGCGAUUCAUACCACCGACGUUGGUUCCAAUAAGUGCUACAACGGACACGGUGGUACCUCCGCAGCCGGUCCGCUUGCUGCAGGAAGUGUGGCGCUUGCGCUCAGCGCACGUCCUGAGCUGACUUGGCGUGAUCUGCAGUACCUGAUGGUUGAGACCGCGAUUCCCGUGAGCGAGGACGACAAUAGCUGGCAGAAGCUGCCAUCUGGUCGCAAGUUCAGCCACGACUGGGGAUUCGGAAAGGUCGAUACUUAUAACUUGGUGCAGCGUGCUCGUACCUGGGACCUUGUGAAGCCACAGGCGUGGUUCAACUCGCCGUGGCUGCGAGUCCACCAUGAAAUUCCCCAAGGCGACAAGGGUCUUCUCAGCCGUUACACUGUGACGGCGGAGCAGGCCAAGGCGGCCAACAUGGCUCAGCUUGAGCAUGUCACAGUUACCAUGAAUGUCAACCACACCCGCCGCGGCGAUAUCAGCGUUGAUCUGCGCAGCCCAGCGGGUAUUGUCAGCCACCUGAGUGUUUCCCGCGAAAGUGAUAACCACCCGGGUGGUUAUGAGGAUUGGACUUUUAUGUCUGUUGCUCACUGGGGUGAAUCCGCUGUGGGUGAAUGGUCAGUCAUUGUGAAAGACGCCGAUGUGAACGAAUUCUCGGGGACAUUCAUUGAUUGGCGACUCAACCUCUGGGGUGAGGCCGUCGACGGAGCGAAGCAACAGCUCCACCCUCUACCCGAUGAACACGACGACGAUCAUCCUUACGAGGAUGCUCAUGUGGCUACGACCAGUAUCGAGGCAGAACCAACAAAGACUGAAGCGCCUGCCAACCCGGAUGAUCACCACGACCGGCCCGUGAACACGAAACCGCAACAAACAGGCACAGAGUCGAUCACAGAGCCUGUUGAGGACGAAAAGGAGCCUAUCAGUACUGGGGAACCCGCCUCUCCAACCUCUACCUCCACUUCUAAUUAUUUAUCCUCCUAUCUGCCUACCUUUGGUGCCUCGAAGCGCACUCAAGUCUGGAUCUACGCCUCCUUGGCCAUGAUCAUCGUCUUCUUCAUUGGACUGGGUGUUUACUUCCAGCUCCAGAGAAUCAAGCGUCGUCGUACCACUGCCCACGAUGAUUACGAGUUUGAAAUGAUCGAAGAUGAGGAUGAGACGCAACCUAUGACUGGAUCAUAUGGUCGGACACAGCGUCGUGGUGGAGAACUGUAUAAUGCAUUUGCCGGUGAAAGUGACGAGGAAAUGUUCAGUGAUGAUGACGAGUCAUAUCGAGAUCGCUUGGCCAAUAUUUCAGAGAAGGACGGCGAAGAUGAACCUCUCCAUGGCCGUGAAAAGCCCUGA